AUCCACCUGAGAUCCUCAGAACUGGAGAUGAAGCACCGGAAACGAUGCGACCUGCACAACAUCACAGUCUAUGAUCGGACCACGCUGGAAAGCGCCGCCAAAGAGUCGUUCUGCCGGAGUCAGAACGAGGUCCUCGAUAUCUCCUCGGACAGCAAUCGGGUGUUCGUCAGGCUGUUCGGGAGCUCGCUUCAUAACAAACCAUACCUGAGGCUGGCCUAUACUCUCUUUAGGAAAGGUGACUGCAGCGCGUUGGAGUUCAAAUGUGGGGAUGUGUGCAUUCCCGCCAGUCUCUGGUGUAACGGCGUCGACAACUGCAGGGACCGCAGCGAUGAGAAAGGCUGCUCACGGACCAGACCUUCUCAUGGGCGUAGUGGCUCUAGAGGUGCAUCUGGGGGUAGCGUGGACAUCGAUGGGGCUGUCAAACGUGGAGGAGAUGGAGGAGAUAUUACCCCUGGAGAUAGUGCCGCUGGUAUAUGA